AUGAUUCUUCCGCACCUCCUAGAACUUUUGCGGAGGGCAGACGGGAUCAUCAUAAGAACAGUCUUGUGCUCUCUACAAUUGAAACAACAUUACAUAUCCGCCAAAAUGGUCCUCAGGAUUCGACUCGCGCGCUUUGGCAACAAGCACAAUCCCUUUUUCAACAUCGUCGUUGCACAAGCCCGCUCCGCCCGCGGCGCUAAGCCCCUCGAAGUCAUCGGCACCUACAACCCCAUCCCGAAACGUCCCACGAACUUGUACGACGAGAAUACUGAUGCUCGCCCAUAUAAGGAGAUCGCCCUUGACCGGUCACGCGCAAAGUACUGGCUCGGUGUGGGUGCGCAGCCUAGUGAUCCCGUCUGGAAGCUGAUGGGCAUGGUAAGCCUGACCCUUGGUUUCUUUAUCCGCCAGAGUUUUGGGAAUCGGAAGAUCCGAAGGAGAUGGGCGGCUAUUGUCGGGUCAGCUUUUCAGCAGAUCAUAUGGGCUGAUGGGGAUUAUGUUGUUAUUAUACGGACUGUUUUCGCUAACUCUUGA